AUGAAUGAUCAUUUCGGUAUCGGAGCCUUUUUGGUUGUUUUGAUUAUAAUUAUAUAGUCAAUUAUAGGUAGUUAUUUUUCUUAGAAAAAUUUUAGAUAUUUCCAUGAAAUUGGAAUAGCAAUAGUGCUUGGAAUGAUAGUAUCGGCCUUUGCUUAUUAUGCAUUAGAUUAUUAGGUCAAGCUAGAAAAAAAAAUGUUUAUUUAUGUUUUUCUUCCUGCAAUUGUAUUUGCUGAGGGUUAUUCUUUGAAAAAGAAAAUAUUUUUCCAUAAUAUGACAUAUAUCUUAAUUUAUGGAUUCUUAGGGACCAUUAUUACUUUUAUUUUCCUAGUUGUUUCCAUAAAUUAUCUCUCUAACAACGACUUAAUUACAAUUGAAAGAAGAAAUAGAGAUAUACUUAAUGGUCCUCUUGCAGGGACUGAUCUAUAUCUAAAUACAAAAGAAAUCAUCUUGUUUAGUGCAGCACUGAGUUCCAAAGAUUCUUUCUUAGCAUCAACAAUGGUCAGUCAUCAUGCGUUCCCAACUUUGUUUCAUGUUAUUUUUGGUGAAGGUAUAAUGAACGAUGCUACUUCUUUGAUUCUAUUUGAUAGUUUUGAAACUCUAAUUGAAGAUGAGUCCAAUUUUAAUUGGAAAACUAUUCCAAGCGUUUUCAAAGUAUUUAUAAUCAGCCUUAGUUUAAGUGUAGUUUCUGGGAUGUUUUUUGGGAUACUUGGCACGCUUCUUUUGAAAUAUUUAAGAUUUCUAAAUUAAACAGUUAUACAUGAAAUCUUGAUAAUUUUUAUGUGCAGCUAUUCUGGUUAUUGCAUAAUUGAAUACUUCAAUUUAUCAGGUAUUAUUUCUUUACUUGUUAGUGGGUUUAUCAUUGGCUAUUAUGGAUUCCAUAAUCUCUCAGAUAAGGCAAAAAUAUGUGCAAAUGUUACCUUUCAAACUAUUUCUUGUGGUGCUGAAAAUUUUUUGUUCGCUUUUGUUGGUUUCACAACUUUUUCAUUCUAUAGAAACGCAUGGAGCUUUUCAUUAAUUGGUUGGAUUGUACUUAUUUUAAUAGUAAGCAGAAUUUUUUAAGUCUUUGUGAUGAGCGCGAUUUUCAGUUUGUUUUACAGAAAAAAACCAUUUUUAAUGAAAUUUAGAGAACAAGUAGUAAUUUGCUUUACAGGUAUCAGUAGAGGUAUCCUUGGCUUUAUCUUGAUGGAAGAAAUUGAAUCUGAAGGGUUUUAAGAUUUACUUAAUAGCACAAUGAUAGGAGUGCUCAUUACCACAACUUUGCUUUUUGGUUUAAUUAAUCCAAAGCUCAUCGAUUGUGUGUUACCUCCUCCAAAACACAAUGAUCAUGAAAAUGAAAGUUAAGCUAGUAAUAAGCACGAGAAUGAAAAUAAAAAUCCUAAAUAAAAUCACAAAGAUAUAGAAAAUUAAAAUGUAACUCAAGUUCGUACAUAAAAUAAGGCCUAAACUGAGAUAAUAUCUCCUUAAAAAUUCGAAAAUGUGUAAAUUAGGAAAAUUUAGACUUAAUAAAUAAACAAAAACACUGAAUCUAGUGAAAAUAAUUAACAAACAGAAGAAAAUUUAUCAGAUAAAGAUUACUUUGUAGUAAAGAAACAAAAGAUAGAGGCGUUAUUAGUUGAUGUUUAUGAUGAAAAGCUAUUUGGAUCAAAAAUUUAGUUUAAAUUUAGCAGAUUUAAUGAAAAGUAUUUGAAGCCUUUCUUAGUCAGAGAUUAUUAAUCUAAAUUAGAUGAGUUCAUCAUAGCUAAUAGAAUGUUAAGAGAAGAUAGAAUUUAGCUAACAAGGCCACUAGGCUAAAAUAAAAAUUCCUAAUUCAUUACAAAAAGUUUAUAAAAGAUAAAGACUGUUUUAUAACUUGCACAAUCAUAGAAAUUAGUAUAAGUCGAAAACAUAAAAAAAUCUUAAAUAUUGUAAGAUUAAGAACCUUAAAAAAUGAAUUUAAAUAACUAAGAAUAGCCCCAACCAACUUAAGAAACAAUGAAAUUAAAGCCUCAUCAAACUGAAUAAAAAAAUAAUGUCGAUAUUGAAUAAAUUAAUUUUCAAAAUUAAAAUUUAAAGAGAAAAUCUGAAAGUAUCAAUUUAUAAUAAGAAAUAUAAAACAAAUAAUCAAAGGAUUGA